AUGAACUUUUGUUCAGUGAAUGGUAUUUACUUAAUGCGCAACGUCGUUCCGGAUUACGCUGUUUACCGACGAAAGUCAACUAGAAUUGAGGAUCGAGACGACGAAGAAAGGAGCAGCGAAGCGAGGUGUGGCAAGGCAAGGCGAGACGAGGCAAGGCGAGGCCAAGCCAGGCCGGGCGAGGCGAGGGGCAGCCAGUGCGUUAUUCGUAAGAACGGUGGCGACGACGACGACGACGACGACGAUGGAGUACGAAAAAACAACAAAUCGCAGCCGUAG